AUGGCUACGGCAUCCGCUUCCAGUUUGUCAUCGAAAAAUCCACCGCUGCGUAAUCUACAAACAAAGGUUAGGCUGGAGAAACUGGACGAUUUAUGGGAUCGGAUCAACGACGCGCUGAUCGAGGUUGAGAUGCACGAAGAGUACUCGUCGAAAGAGGCAACAUGUUCCAAUAUACGGCAGGAUUUCACCACGAAGUACUACAACGCCAAGGCAUCUAUGUUGGAACGCAUCAAGGAACUGGAAGGAGGUGCCAGUGUUCUACAUUCCACCCGUAUGAUGGACUCGUCGAUUCAACCAACCAUCGAGCAUGUCAGGCUACCGCAAAUUAAGUUGCAAACUUUCGACGGUAACAUCGACCAGUGGCUGAGCUUCCGGGACCUUUACUUAUCCCUGAUCCAUACCAAGACGGACUUACCGGAGGUUGAGAAGUUCCACUACCUGAAGGGCUGUCUCACCGGCGAGGCGCGGGCUCUCAUCGAUCCGUUGGCGCUUACGAGGGCGAACUAUUCAGUAGCUUGGGACAUCCUUAUGGCCAGGUACAACGACAGCAAGGUGUUGAAGCGCAGGCAGGUUGGAAACCUUUUUAAACUUCCCAAGGUGGCUAAGGAGUCGGCCGUCGAUAUUCAGGCACUACUGGAAGGUUUCGAACGCGUCGUACAAACCCUGGACCAAUUGGUGAAACCGGAAGAAUAUAAGGACCUGUUGUUGCUGGAAAUGUUGUGCUCCAGACUGGAUCCAAUUACACGUCGUGCAUGGGAAGAGCGCAGUGCUCAGCAGGACCAGGACAAGGUGGUAGAUUUAACCCAAUUUCUCCAAACCCGCGUGAAAAUAUUGGCAUCGCUUCCACCUAAGGCUCACGAUAACAAGCAGGAAGGUUUUCAAUGGCAGAAGAAACCCAACGUCGCCAGAACAAGUCACAGCGCAGCACAGAUGAUGGCCGGAAGUUGCAUCGCUUGUCCGGAAUCCCAUUUAUUGUACACCUGCCCUACGUUCCUGAAGUUGAGUGCUUCCGCUCGAGACAAGCUGCUGCGACAAAAUUCUCUCUGCAGAAACUGUUUUCGGCGUGGUCAUCAAGCUUCGGACUGCAGAUCGAACCAGGUUUGUCGCAAAUGCAAGGGAAAACACCACACGCUAGUCUGCUUUCGCGGCGACAGUGCAGAAAACAACUAUACUCGCCCAUCGCAACCUUUCGCAUCUGCUGCCAACAGUAAUCAAUCCGCUUCAGCAACCACCUCAGCCGCCAACUCAGGAUCCGUUUCAUCGAACAUGGCAAGGAAUCAUUCCUCAACCGUUCUGUUAGCUACAGCUGUCGUCUUAGUGGAAGACGAUGCAGGCAAGGUGUUCCAGGCAAGGGCUUUAUUGGACUCAGGCUCCGAAUGCAACUUCAUGACAGAAGGGCUCUGUCAACUUAUGAAGGUGUCUCGAAAACGGUCGAACAUUUCUGUUCUUGGAAUCGGUCAAUCAAAUACCACGGUCAAGCAUCAGGUGUCAGCGGUCGUACGGUCAAGAACAUCGGACUUUUCUCGGCCGAUGGAUUUCUUGUUAUUACCCAAGGUUACCGCGGAUCUACCGACAACAAACGUGACGGUUUCUACGUGGAAAUUCCCGCAGGGCGUGGAACUAGCAGAUCCAGCGUUUUUCAAAUCAACAUCAUUGGAUAUGGUGCUAGGAAUACAGCACUUCUUUUCAUUUUGCCCGAGUCAGACCAAGAUUCCGUUGGGCGAAGGUUUACCCAUGCUGAUUGAGUCAGUGUUUGGCUGGUUGGUGACAGGCUCGGUAGAAAGCCAAGCUUCUUCGUCGCGCAUCAUCUGUAAUACGGCCUCCAAGGUGGAUCUGGAUGAACUUCUUACUCGUUUUUGGUCUUGUGAGGAGAUAGGGUCUCCGAACAAUUAUUCCCCGGAAGAGCAACGCUGCGAGGCGCAGUUUGCUCUAACCAAGUACAGAAGUUCUACUGGGCGAUACACCGUUGCACUACCGAAGGACGAAAAGAUAUUGGCAACCAUUGGCGAGUCGCGGGAGAUGGCUUUCCGUCGACUUCAGUCCCUGGAACGUAGACUGGAAAAGAAACCAGAGCUACGUCAACACUACCACGGUUUUAUGGCGGAAUACCUGGAGCUCGGGCACAUGCGCAGGGCGAAUGUGGGUCCCGAGAAACGUGUUUAUCUUCCUCAUCACCCGGUCAUAAAGCAGGCAAGCACAACAACCAAGGUGCGCGUUGUGUUUGAUGCAUCAUCCAAAAGCAGUAGCGGUAUAUCCUUGAACGAUGCCUUAUUGGUUGGACCCGUAAUCCAGGACGAGCUUCGAGCUCUCAUCAUGCGUUGUCGGAUGAAACGAGUCAUGAUUAUAGCGGACAUAGAGAAGAUGUUUCGACAGAUUGGUAUAUGCGAAGCUGAUAUGCCCCUGCAAAGCAUCCUUUGGAGAACGGAUACGAAGAAGGAGGUUGAGACUUACGAGUUGGCAACCGUGACGUAUGGCACGAAACCGGCGCCAUUUCUAGCGACCAGAACGUUGAAACAGCUGGCGAGCGAUGAGUACAAUCGAUUCCCAAGCGCUUCUAAGGCGUUGGUAGAUGACGUCUACAUGGACGAUGUUAUCACAGGCACCGAUACAGAGAGUGAUGCAAUCAAAUUGUGCGCAGAACUUAUCAAAUUGGCAGACAGUGGUGGUUUCCGUCUUAGGAAGUUCGCAUCCAACUCAGCAGCAGCUUUAAGAGAGGUGAAAAUUGAGGAUCUUGCUCUCCCGCAAACCAAUGAGAUCAAUUUGGAUCCUGAUCCAUCGGUGAAAACAUUAGGACUGGUCUGGCAGCCACAUAAGGACUAUUUUCGCUUCAACUUCACCAUUGAACAAAUUGCGGCAAAGGAAAGAUUGUCUAAACGGAAAAUCCUAUCAGCUAUCGCUAUGCUAUUCGACCCCCUCGGUCUCGUAGGAGCAGUUACAACGAGUGCAAAAAUCUUCAUGCAGCGUUUAUAG